AUGACGAUCUCCGGGCCUUUAAAGGCGCUUGGUGACGGGCCAGAGAUAAUCUCUCUCCUAGCUAGUGUUUGGAAGGUGUGGGCUUUAUCUCAGGUACCGGUAGGAUCACAUUCUUUUCCGGUGGAGUCUGUUUAUGCUAAUAUGGAUCAUUUCUUGGAUCCCACAAGCCCGGGAUCCCAUGUGUCAGCUUUCCCGUGGAUUUUGUGGUAUUUAUGGAAAGCGCGUAAUGCAAAGGUUUUUGAAAAUAUCAUGGAGCGGCCAGAGGAGGUCGUUCGGGUAGCUGAAGGUGAGGCUUUGUCCUGGCAGCAGGCUCAGGAGGAGGGUGAAGCUGUGGUUUCAACUGUCCAGCCAACGGUUGCUGACUCUCGUUUACGGGGGCCAAACACUUACCUUCCCAUGUUCUUUUCAGGCUAUCGUUGUUUCGUUGAUGGCUCUUGGAAGUCAGGAGAUCUUUUCGCAGGAGCCGGAUGGUUUUGUACCCAGUCUCAGGAUCCGACGCCAAGUAUGGGAGCUACUAACUUUCGACGAAGUCUUACCCCCUUACACGCUGAAGUCGAAGCUUUCAUUUGGGCGAUGCGUUGCAUGAUCAGACAUGAUUACCGUGAUGUGGCGUUCUACCCAGACUGCGCUGAUUUGGUGAAGAUGGUGUCUUCGCCACACGACUGGUCGGCGUUCUCGACGUAUCUUGAUGAUAUCAAGAUGGACAGGGAGGAGUUCUCUUCUUUUUCCUUAUCUUUUAUUCCUAGAAAUGCAAAUAUAAAAGCGGAUCUUCUGGCACGCUGUGCGCGCACAUCUCCGCAUAAUGUUUUGUAUGUAAACAAUUUCCCUUCGCAUUUGCUCAUCUGA